CUUGCGUUCCCUCCUUUUCCUGGGAAAAACUUACUGUACAUAAAAUUGAGAAUUUUUGAUUGUUUGAGUUUAAACGGAGAUGGCUAUAAGCAAGAGCGAAAAAGUGCAAUAUGCUUCUGAGUUUAUUUUAGCUGCUCCUCCCGGGGAACUGAAGGAAGUUCUUAAUGAUGUUAGAGUUUUGUUAAAUGAUGAUACCUUAUUGAAAGACUACGUUUUGCCUCGUUUGUUUACGUAUCAUCAAGAGCAGUUUACACCCGUGGACCUUCCCAAUCAAAAUCAAACUCUGAUAACAUCACACGGUUGGCUUGAAAGUAAAGACUAUUUAGACCCACGGAGUGCGCAAUACUUUACUUUUGAUCCCUUGAGCCAAAAAGCUUCUGAUCUUCGCCCAAUUAAACUGGAUCAAGAUAAUGAAGAUCUCAGAAAAAAAGUAGAAGCUCUUGUAGAUGAACACGUUAAAGAUAUAUAUUCAACUGGUGUAUCAGCCGUUUACACUUCAGCUGAUUGCAUUAUUGUCUGCAUUGAAAGCCACAAGUAUAACCCUAACAACUACUGGAAUGGAAGUUGGCUUAGCGAAUACAUAUGGAAAUUUAAAUCUGGUGAAGUUUCUGGAAAGCUAAAAAUUCAAGUUCAUUAUUAUGAAGAUGGAAACGUUCAAUUGUUAUCCCAUAAGGACGUUGAAGGAAAGGCCACGACUCCUGAAGAUUUCUUGAAAUUUCUUCAGUCCAGCGAAUUGGAGUACCAGCAAGGCGUUAACGAGAAUUACCUUCAGAUGUCCGAUACGACUUUCAAGGCACUUCGCCGCACGAUGCCCCCUACGCGCACCUUAUUGGACUGGGACAAGAUCGGCAGCUAUAAAGUGGGAAAAGCUAUGGGCAGCAUUUUCCAGAAAAGAGGGGAUUAG